AUGUCGAAACGUGCGGCAGAAAUUGGGCAUGAGGGUGCCCCCCUCAAGGGCGGUGAUCGUCCUGAGAAGAUGGAUAUUGACGACAAGGAAAUGGGCGACUUUGAGGACGAGUACGAGGACGAGUUUGAGAGCGAAGAUGAGAUUGUCGAGGCUGGUGUAGACGGGCGCCCCGACGCAGAGCGCGAAGCUGAAGAGGCCGCUGCCAUGGAGGUCGACCAGGGCACUUUUAUCGUUGGCCGCCACAAGCUCGAGCCCGGCCAGGUGCUGACGCCCGACCUAACAACCUACGAGAUGCUGCACAACUUGACGACGCCGUGGCCGUGUCUAUCCUUCGACAUUGUCAAAGACGGGCUGGGUGACAACCGCAAGGCGUACCCGGCGACCAUGUACGCCGUGACCGGUACGCAGGCCGACUACAAAAAGACCAACGACAACCAGCUCAUGGUGAUUAAAUUCUCGGGCCUCUCCAAGAUGAACAAGGACGGCGGCGGCGACGAGUCUGAUUCUGAUGACGACGACGAAGACGCCGAGCCGAUCCUCGAGUCCAAGAGCAUCCCGCUGACAUCGACGACCAAUCGCAUCCGCACGCACCAGGUCCCCGCUGCCGAGCCCGGCCGCGCGCCGACCACGCUGACGGCCACCAUGACGGAAUCCACCAACGUCUUCAUUCACGAUGUUACACCGCACCUAGCAUCGUUUGACACGCCUGGCACAAUCAUCACGCCGGCGCAGAACAAGCCCGUCUCGACGAUCCGCGCGCACAAGUCUGAAGGUUACGCCGUCGAUUGGUCGCCCAAUCAUCCCAACGGCAAGCUGCUGACGGGUGACAACGAUGGCCUCAUCUACCAGACCACGCGUAACGACGGUGGCGGUUGGGUCACUGACAACAGACCCUUUGCGGGCCACACAUCGAGUGUCGAGGACAUUCAGUGGUCUCCCUCUGAACAAUCCGUGUUUGCGUCGUGCUCAGCCGACGGCAGCGUGCGCAUCUGGGACGUCCGCUCCAAGACGCGCAGCCCCGCGCUCACGGUGCAAGUCUCAAACUACGACGUCAACGUCAUCUCGUGGUCGCGGCAGACUUCGCACUUGCUCAGCACCGGUGCCGACGACGGCACCUGGGGGGUGUGGGACCUGCGCCAGUGGAAGGCCACGGGCACCGACAAGCCGCAGCCACUGGCCAGCUUUGACUUCCACAAAGAGCAGGUGACGAGCAUUGAGUGGCACCCGACCGACGACUCCAUCAUGGCGGUCGCGGCGGCGGACAAUACCGUCUCGCUGUGGGAUCUCGCUGUGGAGCUCGACGAUGAAGAGAGCAAGGACACGGCGGGUGUCAAGGACGUGCCGCCGCAGCUGCUCUUUGUUCACUACCUCAAGGGCGUCAAGGAGCUGCACUGGCACCCGCAGAUUCCGGGUAGCCUUGUGGCGACGGGUGAGGAGUUUUCCAUUUUCCGUACCAUUAGCGUCUAA